AUGUCCACUAAAAUCGUCGAAAGAAUCGCUAUUAUCGGGGCGACUGGCCGGAUCGGUGGGGCGUUCGCAAAAGCCCUCGUUGGGACAGGGAGACAUACAGUCACAGCCUUGACCCGCCAAGAGAGCAACGCAAAGCUCCCGGAUGGUGUACAAGGAAUUCGAGUCAAUUAUGACGAUGAAGCGUCUAUCAUCGACGCCCUGAGGGAUCAGGAGUUUCUUGUCAUAACCCUUGGAGUCCGAGCCCCCGCGGAUCUUCACAAAAGGAUCACGAUCGCGGCUGGAAAGGCGGGAAUCCGCUAUAUCAUGCCCAAUGCAUAUGGAUAUCCGGCAGUUCUCAGCAACGAGCCGCAGAUCGACGACGCCUAUACGAAAGCAGUCCUCGAGAGGAUUCAAGACGCCCAGAACGGAACGUCAUCGUCGAUCACCCUGCCUUGCGGAUUCUGGUAUGAAUGGAGUCUUGCCACCGGGGAACAGUGGUUUGGCUUUACGAUCAAGGAGCGGAAAGUUACAUUUUUCGAUGAUGGUCAACGAGUGAUUACCGUGAGCACUUGGGAUCAAUGUGGACGUGCAUUGGCUGCUCUUCUCAGUUUACCAGAAGCUCGGGCGAGUCCGUCGGUUUCCGAAUUCGCCAACCGCGAAGUUCCCGUCUUCAGUUUCCAAGUUUCCCAGCGCGACAUGCUGGACAGUCUACACCGCGUUCUGGGUACGACGGAUUCGGACUGGGAGAUCAAAUUCGAGCCUGUUGAGAAGAGGAUCCAGGACGGUCAGGAGGAACUCAGUCGCGGAACUUUUACAGGAUUCGCCAAGAUGCUGUAUGGCGGGGUUUUUCUGGCAAGAAACACCACGAGCAAUUUUGCUUCAACGGGACAAGCCAUGAAUCAAGUGCUUGGACUACCCGAAGAAGACCUCGAUGAAGCGACUAGGCGCACAGUGGCCAUGGUUGAGGAAGGCUGGAACCCCUUUGCGAAUAUGAACUAG